AUGCCAAGCUCUAUUGCAGGUCCCGUGGAGACAGACAAACUCAAGGGAGAUCGGCUCUUCAAGCACAUGAAGGGGAGGAAGAAGCGGGCUGCUAAGAGAGCCCGUUCCGAGUCACCACCAGCCCCCACUCCCGAGCCCAAGCUUUCGCCGUCGCCAACUUCCGAGCCCGAGCUCCCUGGGGCUCCUCCGAUUAUCGACUUGGAGGAGUCCAUACCACUUAGGGAGCCCGAGAACUCGGCUGAGCCCGCUAUGAGGGCAGCAGCUGAACCAGAGGCAAACUCCGUCGUGCAUGCCCUUGCUCUUCAGUCCGAGUGGAACCUGAAGCGGGCUCUGACCGUCGAGGAGUCUUCCCGCGCUGCCCAUACCGAUCUGCGGGAUAAGGACGAGCUAGCAUGCGAGAAGGAUGUGCUGAGGGGCGAGGCGGAGGCCCUCAAAGCGGAGCUGGCAUGCGAGAAGGGUGCAUUGAGGGACGAGCUGGAUGCCGUCAGGGCGGAGGCGGAAGGCCUUAAGGAGAAUAAGAAGGCCCUCCUGCACGAGGUGGAGUUCCUUAAGGCGGACAUCAAAGAGAAGACCGAGAUCUUUAUUCAAGCGGUAGAGGAGACGAAGAUCAAGGCUGUCGCAGAGUACAUUCAAUCUGAUAAAUUUGAUGUCGUUCUGGGGGAGGCCUACCGCAAGGGGUUCAAGAUCAACAGGUGGUUGAUAAGGCACACGUACCCCGAGCUUGACACAAGUGCCAUCACCACCUCGCGAAUCACGGAUGAAAUAGCUCGUCAAGCCAGAGAGGAUCCAGACUCAGAGGAGGAGGAUGGUGAUGAAGAAGUGGACGCCCCUGACCAGCUUGAAGCUCCUGAGGAGGUAUCGCGCGGAGAUGAAGAGUCCCCAAAGUGA